AUGUCUAAUUAUUGUGUUAGUAAAGCUUUUGUAGCUUUUCGAGGUCGUCCUCGUUUUCUUUUUUGCCCUAAAGCUAUGUCUUUGGCCGAUGGUGGUGGUUUACAAAACUUUAAUCUAAUAGCCAUUCCAAUGACAUCAACCACAACAACAAUCGUCUGGUUCAACAACAAAACAGCAACAUCCUUUUAUUCGAAAAUAUCUUCACGUCUUACUACCGAUGAUGAUGAAGAUAGUUUUGGACUUCAUGAUGAUGAUAAUGAUUAUGCUGAUACAGGUAGUGAUGAAGAAUUACAUACAUCUAAUAAUCAAAAUACAAUACGUCGUGCAACAUCAUCAGCUGAAUGGCCAACAAAAGUCUUUGCAGCUGAUUGUGUACAAAAAUUAAUAAAUUAUUUUGAGCAAACAUCAUUAUCAAAUUUACAUUUUGAUUAUAUAUCUUCUAAAGAACGUCUUCGUAUAUAUUCAAAUGAAGAUUAUCUUGUUAUACAUUUAAAUACAUUAAUUAAAUUUUCAUUUAUAUCAUGUACAUCAACAAAUAUUGAUUUACCAGGUCAUUUUAUCCUUGAACAAUAUCAAGCACAAGUUGGUGCUGCAUUACGACCAGUUUUUUCACAAGAUACGUCAUCACAUGUAACAGCACAAGCAUGUGAUGUAUGUACUGGAGGGAAAACGCUGACUUUUGUACUUGAAGUUAUUCCACGCUACUUUAAAGUAGCUUAAAAGAGUUCAAAGUAGCCUAAAGUAGUUCAAGUGGCCGAAAGUACUGUAAAGUAGCUUAAAGUGUUCAAAUUCGUGAAAGUAUUUCUAAGUACCAAACGUAAUUGAAAGUACUUCGAUGUACUUGAAUUUACGUUUUAAUACUUUAAGCUAUUUCUAAGUACUUUGGGCUAAUUUCUACUUUGCUAUACUUUUCUACUCCAAGUAUGCUCCCCCCCCCCCCCCUCGUUUAGGUAAUACAUGGCUUUCAACGGCGGUUCCCCAUUAGUUGAU